AUGUCUCCAGAGCAGCAAGAACUUCAAGUUGAUGCAAUGUCAACUAGUAUGGAAGCUGCCCCAGCAACGACAGCUACCGAUGCUAUUGACAAACAUCUCACAAACACCUAUCAAAACAGUCAACCAGAAGGCAAAGCUUGUAUUCGAGAUUACCUGAGGAUCUUUUCCCACGCUGGAAAGUGGGAUAUGAUACUCCUGGUUGUUGCGGCUGUUGCAGCUAUUGGGUCAGGCAUUACGAUGCCCUUGAUGACUUUAAUUUUCGGCCGUUUGGUGGGAAGUUUCAAUGAUUACUUCUCUCCUUCUAAUGCAGUUACAGAGAGCCAGUUCGGCGACUCCAUUGACAAAAAAGCAUUAGAUGUGGUAUACCUAUUUAUUGGGAAAUUCGUUCUCAGCUAUAUUGCAAAUUACUUAUUUCGCAUUACUAGCAUUCGCCUAUCCGCCGCAAUUAGGCUUCAUUACCUACGUGCACUCUUUAAUCAAUCUGUGGGGGAACUAGACAAGCUGCCUCCCGGGGAGGCCGCGAUUAAGAUCACUGGGGCAGCCAAUGUCCUCCAGAUUGGAAUCUCUGACAAGCUUGCAACUUUUCUUCAAGCAUUAGCGCUUGUCGUUAGCGCAUACGUGGUUGCAUUUAUACAAUCAUGGCAGCUAACAUUAGUCACAAGCUCGGGUAUGCUGUUCGUGAUCGCGGUCUACUCCGUUGUUGUGCCGAUUUGGGUCAAGCUUGAGGAGAGCCUGGAUCAUGCGAGAGGAAAGGCUACAGCCAUUGCCAGUGAAACCUUUGGCUCAAUUCGAAUGGUAGUUGCUUAUGGCGCCGAAAAACGUGUGGCAGAGAGAUUCUCACGAUGGGUAGAGGAGUCUCGCAGAAGGGGCUUAAAAAUGUCUCCGGUCCUCGGCCUGCUGAUGACCCCCGUUUUCUUUGCCAUAUAUGCUGAUUUUUCCCUUACCUUCUGGUUUGGAAUAAGGUUAUAUAUGUGGGGCAAUGUCCAUAGUGUCAGCAGCGUUCUCAUAGUUCUCAUGAGCGUCCUAAUGUCCGUAAUGUCUUUGAUGAACAUCGCAACGCCUAUCAAUGCUGCGGUCAAAGCAGCAACGGCUGCCUCAGGCUUCUUCCAGAUUAUCGAUAGGCCAGUUGCAAGUAAGACCGGCCUGAAGGAUCCUGAAAUCUUAGCAAGCGAUGAUAUUACUUUCUCGAACGUUACGUUUGCAUAUCCUAGCCGACCGUACUUCAAGGUGCUCGACGGCCUAGAUAUAGUCUUUGAGUCGGGAAAGACUACAGCCCUUGUUGGGCCAUCAGGAUCCGGCAAGUCUACAAUUGUAGGGCUAAUUGAAAGAUGGUAUGGCCUUUCGGAGGGGUACCACCCGUGUGAGGAAGAGGACAAACUUCCUGUAGCCUCAAAAGGCUCCAUCAUGAUUGGCGGUUACGACAUCAAAGAUGUUGAUCUAAAAUGGUGGCGAUCACAGAUAGGGUUGGUACAGCAGGAGCCUUUUGUGUUCAACGAGUCAAUAUUUGCAAAUGUCGCGUAUGGCCUCGUCGGUUCACAAUUUGAGAACGAGAACGAACAGACGAAAAGGAGGCUUGUCAAAGAAGCUUGUAUAGUGGCCUUUGCCGAUGAUUUUAUCACUCAACUUCCCGAGGGCUAUGACACGCAAGUCGGCGACAGUGGAAUAAAGCUCAGCGGUGGGCAACGCCAACGGCUCGCUAUCGCUCGAAGUGUUGUCAAACAACCUCGGAUCUUGAUUUUUGACGAAGCGACAAGCGCAAUCGAUGUUCGCAGUGAGCGUAUUGUUCAGGAAGCACUCGAUCGAGUGGCCAAGGAUCGCACAACAAUCACCAUCGCUCACCGACUUUCCACAAUUAGGAAGGCGGACAAAAUCGUCGUGGUUUCUGGAGGUAAAGCCGUCGAGCAAGGUACACACAGUGAGCUAGUACAGAGAGAUGGUGUAUACAGCAAUCUCGUUCGAGGACAACAAUUGUCUAUGAACGGCGCUGAAGCAGGAGCUGUGGAUCUCAGACUAGUUGGUCGUGAUUCGCUACUUUCCAAUGGCACGGGAGCUGUGGAAAAGCUCGACUUGCAAGCCACCGAGGUUGAGGAAGUGCCCUAUAAGAAGCGAGGGAUUAUCCGCGGUUUUGGCCUGCUGUUAGUCGAGCAGAGGUCUCACGCGCUGUGGCUCGCCCUGACGGUGGUGGGUUGUCUUGGUGCAGGAUCGGCCAUGCCACUCCAAGCCUAUCUUUUCGCCAAUAUUGUGACCGUAUUUCAACUUUCGGGCCAUGCACUGGUUUCUGAGGGCCAGAACUGGUCGUUGAGAUUUUUGUAUAUGGCAAUAGGAGUUGGAGUUUCGUACUUCAUCGUUGGGUGGUCAUGCAAGGCUCUUGAAGUGCAUGUCGUUUGUACAAGUCAACAGCAAUAUUUCGAAGGCAUUAUGCGAAAGCCAAUACGGUAUUUUGACUCUGAUGAGAACUCGCAAGGUUCGUUGAUAUCCAGAAUCAGCGGAGAUACUGUACAAUUAGAGGACUUAAUGGGCCUCAAUAUGGGGUUCGUGUACACUGCGAUAUUUUCCCUGAUUGGAUGCAUUACCAUAGCAUUUGUCUAUGGGUGGAAGCUGACCCUCGUUGCGCUGGUCGCGGCACUACCCAUCACGUUUACUGCUGGACUUAUUAGGCUCAGAUGGGAAGUACAAUUCGAUGAGAUGCAGGAAAAGGUUUUCGCAGAAAGUUCACAGUUUGCGGCCGAAGCCUUUGGUGCCAUCCGCAUAGUUAGCAGUUUAACGCUAGAAGACAUGAUUUGCCAGAAAUAUUCGGAACUUCUUGAAGAGCACAUCAAAAGAGCCAGCAGGAAAGCAAGGAUGAGCACCCUGGUCAUCUCCUUGAGCGACAGCAUCAAUCUCCUGUGCAUGGCCCUCACGUUUUGGUACGGUGGCCAUCUCCUAGGCACCAGAGCAUACGAUGCUGCCAAGUUCUUGGUGGUCUACACCGCAGUGAUACAAGGAGCUGAGAAUGCUGGCCAGUGGUGCAGCAUUGGUCCGAACGUGGCAAAGGCAUCCGCAGCGGCAAAUCGCAUCUUGAGUCUUCGGGAAAGCGGUCGGUCCAUCACUAAAAGGCCAGCUACUGAACUUUUGUCUAGCGAUGGCGUGGAAAUCGAGUUUAAAAAUGUCCACUUCAAAUACCCUUCACGCGACAUCCCCAUUUUCGCUGGCCUUAACCUAACGGUUCGAAAAGGCCAGUUCGUCGCGCUCGUUGGUGCUUCUGGGUGCGGAAAGUCGACAAUAAUUUCACUCUUGGAACAGUUCUACCAGAUUCAGAAAGGAAUGAUCACAGCCAACGGAAUCAAUAUUAGUGAUCUCGACAUCAGCGAAUAUCGAGCCGCCAUUUCGCUCGUAGCCCAAGAAGCGAUGCUUUUCCAGGGGACGAUCCGCGAAAAUAUCCUUCUUGGCGUUGAGGGUGUGGUAUCUGAAGAGGAGCUCCAUCAAGCUUGUCGUGAUGCUGAGAUCUACGACUUCAUCUCGUCACUGCCUGAGGGUUAUGACACCGACAUUGGCAGCAAAGGUGUUACGCUCUCGGGUGGACAGAAACAACGCAUCGCCAUUGCUCGAGCCCUUGUCCGCAAGCCGCGAAUCUUGCUAUUGGACGAGGCCACGUCGAGUCUGGAUAGCGAGUCGGAGAAGCUGGUGCAGGCGGCGUUUGAGCAGGCUGGGAAAGGGAGAACAAUGCUGGUUGUAGCGCAUCGGUUGGCAACUGUUCAGAAUGCGGAUGUCAUCUUUGUUCUUGGGUCCGGGGAACAGGCUUGUGGGGCAAGAGUGCUAGAAAAAGGGACUCACAGCGAGCUUGUGCAGAUGAGGGGAACCUACUACCAAAUGGUCCAGUCGCAAGCUUUGGACCAGUAG